AUGUCCCCGGGUUAUUUAUUUAACUCCCUUGGCACCUUCGGGGAUUUUGCUCCUUCCCAGUCCAACAACGACGCACCGUUUCUGGCCUCCGUGCAGAACGGAGGGGAACCCAAACCUCUUCCCAAAGGCGAAAGAUGGAUGAAGUGCGGCUCUGGCCUGGGAGGGACGGUGGAAGAGAGAAGGUUUAUACAGGAGGUGAAGGCUAAUUACAGCUGGGGAUUUUCUCUGCCGCCCUGGCCGGGCGCCAGCGGGACAGGACUCCAUUUUUCUGAACGUGCCGUGACUUUUGAGGACCACGCAUGGUUAACCAGCCCCAGGGCUCCCGAGUCCCUGAAUCAGCACGUCCGCCUGCAGACACCGAGCCGAGGGGGAGCGCUCCCCCCGGCCGUGACACGGCCAUGGCGGGGAGAAGUGCCCUUCUGCUCUGCCCUGGCUUUCAUCUGCAAAGCGUGUAGCUGCAAGUGCCGCGUGUUUACAAAUGCAGGCAUUGCAAGAUCCCUUGAACUGUGUCCUAGUACAAAAGAGGCUUUGAAACAAGAAACACGUUGUCAUGGCAUGUUCCAGGCCAGCAGCACCAGACUGAACCAGAUAAUUGCUGUUUCUGCUUUAGCUGCUUCAUCGUGGAAAAAGCAGCAGCCCUGGAAAAGCAAACAUAAGCUGCCGGCCGAGGGGAUGGCACAGCCGGGCAGGCAUGGGGCUGCCCAGGACCUGGUAGGAGCUUGCCAGGGGCGAGGGAUGGCUGGUGGCGGAGGCUUGUUCCCAGGGCUGGUGGCAGAUGCUCGUCCCUGGUGCCCGCAGCAAGUGGUUGCACGCUGGGGCUCGCGGGGCACGCUGGUGCGAACGCCAUGCCGGCGGUCAGCCGGGCACCUGCUCUGGCAAAGCCAGGCGCUGCCACGCAUGUGACGAGCACGAGCCCCGGCUGCUGCAUGCUGGUGAGGCUUUAACAGCAGAAGGGUUUUCCAGCUGCAGCCAGGCUCUGGCAAACACCUGGGCACUUGAGGUCAGGAGGUAUUUGCAACACGAGCUUUCUGAACCCAGGAGUGAGGCAAAGGUG